AUGGAGCACGACGAUGUGCUGGAGGAUCUCCUUUCCUGGACAGGAGACCGCAGCGUUUCUGCUGCCAAAAGAACACCUCAGCGCCCGUCCUUGCAGGCUUCAUGCGUAAACACAGCCCCCAGCGCCGCCUCUAAGACCGCCUUCACAAACAAGAGACAGACGCACGACAGCGACGACGACGGCGGCGGACGCGAUGGCACGUCUACGGGGCACGCCGGCAGCCACGAUGAGGCGGGGAAUCAAGAAAAAGCUCGAUGUGCUCCUCAAGCCGACUCGCCGUUCUCCACGUCAACGGCAACGACACUGCGGAAGGAGAUGCUGCAGCUGCCCGACUCUGUGCAAUCCCGACUGCUUCCGCAUCAGCGCGAGGGCGUGCAGUGGCUCUACGCACGUCACUGCAAGUCCCGCGCGUGUCUGCUGGCGGAUGAGAUGGGUCUCGGCAAGACGGUGCAGGUGGCGGCCUUCCUCGGCGAGCUCUACCGACGCAAAAGCAUCAAGACAACCAUCCUCAUUGUACCGCCCACUCUGGUGCCGAUGUGGGCGGCUGCGCUGUCGGACUGGGACGGCGCGGAUGGCAGGGAGAUGGGCAGCUUGGUCGAGAUCAUCCACAACGACCAGCGGAAGAAACGACAGGCGCGGUGGCGGAAGUUAGCGUACGGCAUGCCCUGCGUCCUUCUUACUACCUACGGCGUGCUGCGUCAGGAUGCGGCGCUGAUGAGUGCGACGCUCGUGGACUACGUGGUGCUGGAUGAAGCGCACCUCAUUCGAGAUGCGCGCACCUGCGCCUUCAAGAGCGCGCUGACGCUCUCGGCUCGGCACAAAGUCGCCCUCACCGGCACCCCGCUGAUGAACUCGUUCGACGACAUGUGGAGCGUUUUCCAAUUUCUUGACGGGUCGAUUCUUCCCUCGUCGCGCGCGGGCUUUAGCGCCAUCAGCGCGAUGCUGCUGCGGGGGAACGAAAAGGACGCGAGCCGGGGCCAGCGGGAGGCGGCCGCCGUCGAGCUUCACAAGCUGCGGGCCGCGAUUCGCCCCUUCAUGCUGCGCCGCGAGAAGAAGGACUUCGCGAACGCCGUGGCGAGUGCGAAGGAGGACGUGGUGGUGUGGGUGCGUAUGUCCGACGUGCAACGGCAGCAGUACGAGGCGUUUCUGGAGUCAAAGGAGGUCGCCACUGCGACGCCCUCGCCACCUUUGCCGGGCAGCGCUGAUGUCGACGAUGUCGGCACCAACCCGCUGCUACUCUUGACGAUGCUCUCGCAGAUCUGCAAUCACCCGUGGCUGAACCUGGUCGAUGCCGCCUUCACCGCCGCCGUGGCGCAGCCGUACGCCGCCCCGCUGAUGGAGAUGGGCGACGUCUUCGCCGGGUCGAAGUUGUGGGUGACGCUGCAGCUUCUCGUGCGCUGCAUCCGGCAGUGCCGCAAGUCGCUCGUCUUCUCCCACUCGAAACGCGUACUGCGGUUGCUGGGCUGCCUCCUAACGGACUGGGGUGUGACACAUCUGCAGGUCGACAGCGACACUCCCAGCGAGCACCGUUUCGCCGCCGUGCAGCGCUUCAACGACGACCCGAGCGUGUGGGUGUGCCUCUUGACGCGGCGGGUGGGCGGGAUAGGGCUAACCUUCACGGCCGCGACGGCUGUCGUGCUGCUUGACCCGAGCUGGAACCCGUCCGCGGAUGCGCAGGCGGUGGACCGGGUGCACCGCAUUGGGCAGACGGGCGACGUCGUCGUGUACCGCCUCGUGACGUGUGGCACGGUGGAGGAGAAGGUGUACCGGAAUCAGGUGUUUAAGCGAAUGGCCGCGCUGCAGUCUGUGCGUGCCGGCGUGCCGAACAACGGCGACGACGAGGAGGAGGUGCUGUGCGACGCAGACGGUGCGGACCAGGGCGAUGAAGCUGUGGCUACUACAACUCCCCUUUCCUCUCCGACCGAGCCGCUACGGCAGCAGCACCAGGCGUCUAGUGAGUUGUACCGCUACUUUACGCGGCUGCAGCUGCGCAGCAUGCUCGCCAUGGACGACAUCGACCGCAGCAGCACGGCGGAGCAGCUGGAGGCGUUGCACCCGCACCGCGUCGACGACGAUCUGCGCCGCGAGCUGCGCCGCAUUGACGGGGUGUGCGACGUGAGCGACAACAGCUGUGUGCUGAUGGCGCGCGUGGAUGCGACAGCGGCGGCGGAAGAGGAGGAGGAGGCCGACGGGCUGCCGGCGAGCGCUUCGAUCCUUCAAACAGAAAGUAUGCAGGAAGUGGACGUCGAGACGUCGGUGUCGCCGCGUGCGCGGUGCCGGUCAGAGAGUCUGCCGACAACAGUGUGCGCGACAGCCGUCGCAGAGGGACAUCGGCUCUGUUCGCCGACUUCGUUGGCGGGGCAGCAGCCGCUACGACGUCGGCAACGUGUUGAUACAGCGGCGAAUGCGGAGGCGGUGUGCUCCGCGUACAGCGGCGCCUGUUGUGGGAAGGAUGACGUGUCUGACGCGGUGAGCGGCGACGCGGAGGAGAUCCAAAUGGACCUGUGUGGCAUCCCCGAGAGGACGCGCAGAGAUAGCGUCCAUGCGUGCUCGCAGCGGCCCAGCAGUUCGGUUGGAACGCCGCCGCCGUCGUCCGCCACUCCAACAGGUUGUUUUGCAACCUCUUCACAUGUGCUUCACGUGACCGAUCUGGAGUCCUCCUGCUGCCCUCCUGAACGACUGACCGCGACGACGGUAGUCGCAGCGGAGGGCGGUGGUGGCGGUGCGCAGGUGGCGUCCCUCGACGAGAAUGAGCGUGCUUCGUCUUGUGUGGAAUGGGAAGAGUUGGCAGCCAAGUCCACGGGCCGUGCGCCAUCUCUCGAGAUGCGUCUCAACCGCGGUACCUCGCUGGAGGCGAUGUCUCGUACACCUCACUCCCUGCUGCUGUCGGGGCUGGACGCUCGAGAGGAAGUCAGCGGUGCAGAGGAAGCGUCGUUGUCGGGUGACGUUCGUGAACUCCCGCUCAGGGCAGGCAUGGAGGAGAACGGCGAGGAGGCGGAGGAGGGCAGCGUCAGUUCCGCUGAGUUCGCCUCGUGCCGCUCCAGCUUUUAA